UUUGCACUCCAUCGGAAAACUGUGUGGGGAGCACGUGGAUCCUUCCGCGUGGCGGAUGGGUUUGAGUGCGAUGUUCUUCAAGGUGCCAUAGGGCCUGGGGAGGACGUAAGCCCAGGUGAGAGGACAGGAGUCAGGUGUGGAAGGCCAAGGGGGCCAAGCUGCAGGUAAUUAACCAAAACAGGUUCAACAUCUGUGUCCACUGCUGACUUGCAAUGGAUCCGGUCCGACCACCAUUCAGGGGCGUGCGGAUGCCAGGCCGUUGGCCACAAACUCCUCGACCUUUGGACUCAGCUCUGGGUAGGGCAGGGCCUGCAGGCAGAGGCCAUAUGUUUGGAAAGCCAGAGGUACCCAGCUCACAGAACCGGUCAGCACAAAGGGAGUCUGUGGGUUUGGUGUCCAUGUUCCGAGGCAUGGGCCUUGAGACAAUGUCCCGGACCCCUCUGAAACAGGAAGUGCCUCCUUUAGGCAGAGGCAUUUUGGGUCGAGGCAUGUCUGCUAACAUGGCACGCAAGGACAAAGAAGAAACUCGUCCCACAUUUCCUGACCCUUUGGUGCUGGCUGCUGGGGAUAGCAAGCUGGCAGAGGCCUCCGUUGGUUGGAAUCGAGUGCUUGGAAGAGGGAGUUUGGAUUCCUCUUUAUUACCAUUGGGAAGAGCAGCUGGUGGUCUAGGCAGAGGAGUCGACAAGUCUCCCAGUGUGUUUAGCCUGGCCACUCGAGAUCCCCCACGGCUGUCACCACCCCCACCUUUGCCCCAGUCCUCAUUGCAUGCUUCAGACUGCCCUCCUGUCCUGACCAUCGAACACAAGGAAAAAGAGCUUUUUGUGAAGCAAGGAUCAAAAGGAACACCUCAAUCUUUGGGACUGAACCUCAUCAAAAUACAGUGUCAUAAUGAAGCAGUUUAUCAAUAUCAUGUGACUUUCAGCCCCAACGUGGAGUGUAAAAGCAUGAGAUUUGGCAUGUUGAAAGACCAUCAAGCUGUCACUGGAAAUGUCACUGCUUUUGAUGGAUCUAUUCUCUAUCUGCCUAUUAAGCUUCAGCAAGUUCUUGAGUUAAAAAGUCAAAGGAAAACUGAUGAUGCCGAGAUCAGCAUUAAGAUUCAAUUGACAAAGAUCCUGGAGCCCUGUUCUGAUUUAUGCAUUCCCUUCUACAAUGUUGUUUUCCGACGGGUAAUGAAACUUUUAGAUAUGAAGCUCGUGGGAAGAAACUUCUAUGACCCUACAAGUGCUAUGGUAUUACAACAACACAGAUUGCAGAUCUGGCCUGGCUAUGCAGCCAGCAUCCGCAGGACAGAUGGAGGUCUCUUCCUGCUAGCUGAUGUGUCCCACAAGGUCAUUCGAAAUGAUUCUGUGCUGGAUGUCAUGCAUGCCAUGUAUCAGCAGAGCAAGGAAAACUUUCAAGACGAGUGCAGUAAGCUUCUGGUUGGCAAUAUCGUUAUCACCCGAUACAACAAUCGGACCUAUCGUAUUGAUGAUGUAGAUUGGAAUAAGACUCCAAAAGAUAGCUUCACAAUGUCUGAUGGGAAGGAAAUCACAUUCCUGGAAUACUACAGCAAAAACUAUGGAAUCACAAUUAAGGAAGAAGACCAACCGCUGCUGAUUCACAGGCCCAGCGAGAGACAGAAUAACCACGGGACGCUGCUAAAAGGCGAAAUCCUCCUGUUGCCCGAGCUUUCCUUCAUGACUGGGAUCCCAGAGAAGAUGAAGAAGGACUUCAGAGCCAUGAAGGAUUUGACCCAGCAGAUCAACCUGAGCCCCAAACAGCACCAUAAUGCUUUAGAAUGCUUACUACAGAGAAUUUCAAAGAAUGAGACGGCCAACAACGAACUGACACGUUGGGGCCUCUGUCUACAAAAGGAUGUGCACAAGAUUGAAGGACGUGUUCUACCAAUGGAAAGAAUUAACUUAAGAAAUACUUCAUUUAUCACAUCUCAGGACCUAAACUGGAUUAAGGAAGUAACCAGAGACUUUUCCAUCUUAACUAUCCCCAUGCAUUUCUGGGCACUCUUUUACCCAAAGAGAGCAAUUGAUCAGGCCAGAGAACUGGUUAACAUGUUAGAGAAAAUAGCUGGCCCCAUUGGUAUGCGCAUGAGCCCACCGGCCUGGGUCGAACUGAAGGAUGAUCGAAUAGAGACCUAUAUCAGAACCAUUCAGUCCAUGCUGGGAGUUGAGGGGAAGAUACAAAUGGUUGUUUGCAUCAUUACGGGCACACGUGAUGAUCUCUAUGGGGCCAUCAAGAAGCUGUGCUGUGUGCAAUCCCCAGUGCCCUCACAGGUCAUCAAUGUCCGAACCAUUGGUCAACCCACCAGGCUUCGCAGUGUGGCUCAGAAAAUUUUACUUCAGAUUAACUGUAAAUUGGGAGGCGAGCUGUGGGGAGUGGAUAUUCCUCUGAAACAAUUAAUGGUGAUUGGGAUGGAUGUUUACCAUGACCCCAGCAGAGGCAUGCGCUCUGUGGUUGGCUUCGUUGCAAGCAUCAAUCUCACCCUCACUAAGUGGUAUUCUCGAGUGGUAUUCCAGAUGCCUCAUCAGGAGAUUGUGGACAGCCUGAAGCUGUGCCUGGUGGGCUCAUUGAAGAAGUUUUAUGAGGUGAACCACUGUCUACCAGAGAAGAUUGUGGUGUACCGUGAUGGAGUGUCUGAUGGCCAGCUGAAGACAGUUGCCAACUAUGAGAUUCCUCAGCUGCAGAAGUGUUUUGAGGCUUUUGAGAAUUACCAGCCCAAGAUGGUGGUGUUUGUAGUUCAGAAGAAAAUCAGUACCAAUCUGUACCUGGCUGCUACUGAGCACUUUGUGACACCCUCCCCUGGAACUGUGGUAGAUCAUACAAUAACAAGUUGUGAGUGGGUGGAUUUCUACCUCCUCGCCCACCAUGUACGACAGGGCUGUGGCAUUCCUACGCAUUAUGUCUGUGUUCUCAACACUGCGAACCUGAGCCCUGAUCAUAUGCAGAGGUUGACUUUCAAACUGUGCCACAUGUACUGGAAUUGGCCUGGUACCAUUAGAGUUCCAGCUCCUUGCAAGUAUGCCCACAAGCUGGCUUUCCUCUCAGGACAGAUUCUGCACCAUGAACCCGCCAUCCAGCUGUGUGAGAACCUGUUUUUCCUGUGACCACAGCCUGAGCAUAGGCUGAUAGGAGAAAUAAGACUUCACAGCUCAGUCAUGACUCUCGCAGAAUGAGCAGAGACAGAAGUGGAAUUUUGUGUUGGUGUUUUCUCUUUCUCCAAUCUUGUAGACUAGGUUUUCCUUUUUUCUUUUAUCCUGAUAUCAAGAAGCAAGUUUCCAAGUACCAGGUAGAGAUUGCCUUCCUGUCUUUGUAGAGCAAAUGAUGGAAGUACUGUGCAGAGGCAGGCAGAGUCAGUAGAUGUAGGGGAGCCAUUAACAGCCUCCCAAGAAGUCAAGCACAGUGGCACAUACCUGUAAUGCCAGCAACUUGGGAGGCUGAGGCAAGAGGAUCAUAAGUUGGAGGCUAGCCUCAGCAACUUAGUGAGGCCCUAAGCAAUUUAAGGAGACACUGUCUCAAAAUAAAUAGGGCUAGGUGUGUAGCUCAGUGUAACUCAGUGUGCUUAGCAUGUGUGUGGUCUCAGGUUUAAUCCCCAGUACUCCCAUAAUAAAGAGUCUCCCAAGCCAACGUAGCUGUAGAAAUAUGCAGAAGCAGCAUUUGUACCUGGAAGCUGUGGUUACAAAGCGGCUCCCAUUUCUGGCACCAGAGGUGAGAAAAUGAAUGAAGUCAUUGCAGAUUUCUUAAGUAGGGAGUUACUUUUUGGGAGCAACUGAGAAAGAUUAAGUAAAAGGGUGUGAAGCAGAGUUUUUCAGAGAGAGAUUAUUGUUGCCCACAGGUGUGAAAGCAGGUGACCCGCUCCUGUGGCAUAAUCAGGCUCUGUGUGUUCAUCUCCCCUGGGGAUUGAGUUUAUGAUACCUGUCACUGGAAUCGGAUUUAAGGUGACUUGCAGCUAUCCCUCAACUUAGUUUUUUCUAUGCCUUUCAGUUGCUUUACAGCAUACCAUGUUGCUUUCUUGCUCCCCUUAAACACAUACACACACACCCCUAUCUUUGCUCUUUGUGACUGAUCUUCAGUAAGUUUCAGUCUUUUAAGUAACAAUCAGAACACAUGGAAAGAAUUCAGCAGCUAGGAAAGUUCAGGAUGGGGUGUGAGUUUUUCAUUGGCCUUUCUCCCAGUGCUUGGCCUUCCUUUCCGAGCGUCUGUUUGUAAAUGGAGCGCUCAUUUCUCUUGCACAAGAACCUCUUCCAGCUAUGGGCUCACUUAGCUGGGGAUUUUUCGGAAUCCCGGUUAAGAUUUCCAGAAGUCAGCUUUGAAAAACGGGACGCUUCUACCAAAGUCCACACAUUACAGUUUAGGAAGUUAUCACUAUGCCUGAGUGUUUCAGGGAAGCAAUGGUUCUUGUUUUCUGUGUCUUCCUCCAUUUCUCCCCUCCCCAUUUUAAAAUCUUUGGAUCUCUUCAGACUUAUUUUUAUCAAGGUUUAUCAAAACCUUGCUUUGCUGGGUUUUAAAAGCCAGUUUUAUUUAACCUUUUCAAAUUGAUAUUUAUUUAUUUAUUUGUGUGUAUGUGUGUGUGUGUAUGUGUGUGUGUGUGAUAGAAGGGAGAGAACAGAGCAGAAAUACCUAUUUUAUACAACCGUGCAUGGGAAGAGGAACUUCAGCUUAAAUUCCUUAAAAGAAGAAGCCAAGAGAGCUUUUAAUUUGUGGCAGUGCCCACAGAGGUUGGGAAGGGAUGUGUGUUGAUAGAGAUUUAUUUGGAGUUGGCUACAGAGGGUGAGGCUAAGGCUGGGAAUCUAAAAGCCACAGAUGGAACCACUGGUCUCUGGUUGGCGAGAUCGGCUUCUGAUAGUCUUUAGAAGCAUUUUGAAUUUCCCUUUUAAAGUUGGAUUUCCUAGUGCUCUUUUUCUCUUAGAUAAUCAGAAGAGAUAAAUGCUUGAACAUAAUAUAGAAAUUUCUUCACUUUUUAUUUCUGGUGUUCUUGUGUUGUUUUUCAGUUUUAAUGCCAAGUGAUUGGAUCCUGGGUGGGAAAUAAAAGUAAAUUUGUAUAAAUGGGCA